AUGAUGGGCGUCUCCCCUGAGGCGGUUCUUCUUGAUUUUGACUGGACUGCGUCGUAUGUGCUGGCCACUGACCGCCUUUCGACCGCCGCCAUGAACCGCGCGACGGCUCGUACAGUAAGCAUGGAGGGGGGAGCAGAUGGGGCGGAUACGAACCCCCGCAACAGCGGUGGAGGCAUGCCGUUGCUGCAGCUUGCUAUGGAUGUGGCUCGCGUGGCGCCUCCCAGCGAGGUCGCUUCGAUUUCUCUGCUGGUGUCGCCCGUAUCAGGAGGACGUCUGCGGCUUCUCGCCACAGCCUCCUCCGAGGUGCAAGGUGGCGGGGAAGGGCAGCCAGCCGAACGCAUGCUGCUUCCCAAUGACCGUUUGACGAUGGAGCUGGAUGCUGAGAGUCUUGACGCGCUUAUUGCCGCACUGCGUACGGCUGUUGAUGGGAUGGACUCUUUGAGUGGAUGUUAG